UAGCGACAGCCCGUCCUCAGAGUUGAAAGCGCAAGCAGCCAUUUGCCAGAGUCAACCACUACGGGUGCCAGCCGUGUUCUCAACGUUGCACCAUCAUCCGCAACCCUGAUAGUCAUCUAUCUAUAUUUUAUAGGUCAUGGCCCACAACAGCGGCGUUCCCCGCAUCACGGAUGCGACAAGAGUGUGGACCACUCUCAUCACAAAUACUGCCUACCUGUCCGGGCUUCUGACCCUGGAGUAUUCACUGCGCAAAGUAGGGUCAAAAUAUCCGCUGGUAGCCCUCUACACCGACGCCUUCCCUGCUGAGGGCCAUGCUGCGCUUGAUGCUCGGGGGAUCUUGAAGCAGCGUGUUCCCUAUCUUCUUCCAUCGGUACCCAAAGACUACGUUAAUGAUGUGCGGUUCUAUGACUGCUGGAGCAAGCUCACGGCCUUCUCUCUGGUGGAGUAUGAGCGCGUCGUGCAGCUAGACAGUGACAUGAUGGUUCUCCGGAAUAUGGACGAGCUGAUGGAAAUCGAACUGGACCCGCCAGCCCUGGCCGGGACAGGGAACCGGGUCUUUGCUUCCAGCCACGCCUGUGUCUGUAAUCCGCUGCAGAAGCCGCACUACCCUCAGGAUUGGACCCCAUCCAACUGUGCGUACACUUCACAGCAUGCGGCAUCUGACGUCGCUCAGACAGAGGGUGCGUCACCCACUAUCGGCUUGGGGAUAUCAAACGGCGGUCUCCUGGUGGUCAACCCAUCCAAAGAAGUCUAUGAUAAGAUCAUCUCGCAACUCGCCUCGACCGCGACAUCAAACUACGAAUUCGCCGACCAAUCCUUGCUGUCGGACGUGUUCUUUGGGCGUUGGGUUGCGUUGCCAUAUGUGUACAAUGCCCUCAAGACCAUGCGGUGGGAGGGGGUGCAUGAUGCGAUCUGGCGGGACGAGAGCGUCAAGAAUAUGCACUAUCUUCUGAGCCCGAAACCCUGGGAUGAGAGUGAGGAUAUCCGGACAGGUCGCAAAGCUCGACUCAGCCGAGAUGCGCCGCAUACAUGGUGGUGGGAGAUGACGGAGGAGAGAGUAAAGGAGGAAAAGGCAAAAGGAGUCAAUGACCGGUUCUAAAGGCCAUGUGGAGAAUCUGGACCACAGUGGCACCGUGUAGACCUGUCACAACGCAAUAUCAAUGGUAC